CAACAUCCGGUCUAACAUGCCCGGACCUUUUAGGGCGAGCCUGUGCCAACCUCGGCUCCCGGAGAGGGUGGCACGCCACAGGCGAGACGGCACAGACACUAGUGUCAGAGAACCGACGCGUCAAAGAGGAAUAUGGUGGAGAGAGCACCGUCAAGGUCCGUUUCCAGAACACAUCACUUAUGGACACUUAAAUUCGACGGUGUAUUUCGGCGACGUGGAAGUGAAACCAGAGUUGCCAGUUCCUUGUUUGUGUCUUCAUCUGGCAAAGAGACUCCCGGCCGAAGGAAGACGAUGGUGCUGGAAGUGAAUGCCUUCGGUUUCAAUUCUAUGAAUAACGUCUGGCUUUGAAACGAUGCAUGCCCCACGUUCCCUUCUCCUCCUGCCGGUGAUCAUCAUGUGCCUUUCCAUGACGGGCCCGCACACUUGCGUGGCCUCCCAUAAGAAGGACUCCUGCCACGUGCAAGACGGCAGAGCCGACUGCAGCCACCUCAGCCUCAAAGCGGUCCCUCCGAACCUUCCCAGGAGCAUCACCGGCCUGGACGUGUCUCACAACAGACUGAAGGCGCUGCCCCCCGGGUCGCUGGCCCCGUACCCGGGCCUCCUCCACCUCAACGUCAGCUACAACAGCAUCACCAAGCUGGACCAGGGUCUGUGCCAGACGCUGCCUCUGCUGCAGACGCUGAGCAUGGAACACAAUGAAGUGUUUGUGCUGACGAAUGAGGACGUGAGCUAUUGCACCAAUCUAACGCGGUUGAUUAUGGCGAGUAAUGUGCUAAAGCUUCAAGGGGAGCCCUUCUCUGCACUACAGAGCCUGAGAGUUCUUGAUGUGUCCAUGAACAAGCUGUUGUCGGCCAAGCUCGGCUCCCGGCCUCAGCUGCCCAGCCUCGUGAGCCUCGAUCUGGCCUUCAACAGCUUCGUCACUCUGAAGAAAGACGACUUCUUGUUCCUCGGCCAUUCGCCGUCUCUGCGAGUCCUCAACAUGUCAUCCGUGUCGCUGAAAACGUUGGAGACGGGUUGCUUUGAGCCCAUUUCAGGCCUACGUACUCUGAUCAUGGAUGGAAGCAAUCUGGGCACGCUCGUUAUUUCCAAACUCUGCUCCGAGUUGUCGGGGACAGCCAUCGACGCCCUGUUUCUUCGGAAGACGAAGCUAAUCACGCUCACACACACGACCUUUGCAGGGUUGCAGAAAACAAAUCUAACUUUUCUGGAUCUGUCCCGUAACGGCAUUGAAAAAAUUGAAGGAGGCGCAUUUAGUUGGCUGUCCAGACUUCAGACUCUAAUUAUGACAGACAACCACAUCAUGCACCUGACCGAGGACACAUUUAAGGGGCUCACAAGUUUGAAAAGAAUCGAAUUGACGAAAGCUCUCGUGAAAAGUCACUCCAUCCCGACCGUCGAUGAUUUCUCCUUCCGACCCCUGAGUGCCCUGGAGAGUUUGAUAUUGCAGAGAACUGCCGUUCGUGAAAUUAAAGAGCACACAUUUACAGGCUUGACGAGUCUCCGGGAACUGGAUAUGAGCUGGAGUAGUUGCACCUCGCUCAGAAUCAUCAACAACAAGACGUUGGUCUCUCUCGCGGGAUCGCCUCUCCGAAAGCUGAACCUAACGGGGACGGCGAUAGCACAGAUUAAUCCUCGAAGCUUCUCCUUUUUGAGAAACCUCACCACUCUCCUCCUGGAUUUCAACUUCAUCAAGCAAACUCUCACCGGCAAAGAGUUUGAAGGCCUGGACCGAGUGGAAGAAAUGCACAUGUCCAAUAACCACCAGACGGUCAAUCUAAGCUCCACGUCCUUUGUGAAUGUGCCCAAUCUGAGGGUCCUGAAUUUGGGACGAAGUCUCAAAGCGGAAGCGGUGAACAUGGAUCCCUCUCCGUUCAGACCCUUGCCCAACCUCACCGUCCUGGAUCUCAGCAACAACAACAUCGCCAACAUCAGAGAGAAUAUGCUGGAGGGGCUCGUGAACCUGAAAGUGCUGAAGCUCCAACACAACAACUUGGCCCGCUUGUGGAAGAGCUUCAAACUAGGGGGGCCGGUGUUGUACCUCAAACACACACCGAGGUUGGCGACCUUACAGAUGGACAGCAACGGGCUGGACGAGAUCCCGGCGGAGGUUCUGAGAGGGUUGAGUAACCUCCGUGAAAUCAGCCUGGCCAACAACCUCCUCAAUAGUCUCAAGGACUCCGUUUUCGAUGAUCUGAGCUCACUGCGGGUUUUCAAUUUGCAGAAGAAUCUGCUCACAGCUGUGAGGCCCAACGUGUUCAAAACGCCCAUGAGCAACCUCAGCCUGCUGCUCAUGGACAAAAACCCAUUUGACUGCACGUGUGAGAGCAUGCUGUGGUUUGCGACAUGGUUGAACGGCACGCACGGCACAGCCGUGCCCGGUCUCUGGGACCGGUAUCUGUGCAAUACCCCGCUCGCUUACUUUAACCACUCAGUCAUGGAUUUCGACGGCCUCUCCUGCAAAGACAUGACCCUGUUUCAGGCUCUUUACAUCCUGAGCAGCACCGCCGUCAUCAUGCUGACCGUGACCGCGCUCCUGUUGCGGUUCCAGGGCUGGAGGAUCCAGUUUUAUUGGAACGUAUUGAUCAAUCGCACGUUGGGAUUCAGCGACGCCAAAGUCGAAGAGGGCAGGGAAUUUGAGUACGACGCCUACGUCAUCCACGCGGAGAAAGACGCCGACUGGGUGGAGAGGCGGAUGGCCCCCUUGGAGAAUGACUCGUGCAGGUUUUGUUUGGAGGAUCGAGAUUCGGUCCCCGGCAUGUCAAAGCUCGAGUCCAUCGUGGAUAAUAUGAGGAAGUCCAGAAAGAUCUUGUUUGUCGUCACUGAAACUCUCCUCCGGGAUCCCUGGUGUAGGCGGUUUAAAGCCCAUCAUGCACUCCACCAGGUCAUUGAAGCCAGCCGGGACUCGGUGGUUCUGGUCUUCCUGCAGGACGUCCACGACUACAAGUUGUCUCGCUCGCUCUUCCUCCGUCGGGGCAUGUUGCGCUCGUGCUGCGUCCUGGACUGGCCCGUCCACAAGGAGAGGGUGCCGGCCUUCCACCAGAAGCUCCUCAUCGCACUCGGCAUGACUAAUCGAUUGCAAGGGUGAAUGCGUUUCGUUUGUAGUAAUUGGACAUUCACUCUGGAAUAAGUGUUUACCAAUGUAUGCUCAAUUAAUUGUAGCCUAUUGCGGAUUGUUUUGCCCUCCUGAGUGAAUAUUGUGCUUACUCUAAAUAUGCUCUCAAGUCGUAUUGUAUUUACAUUGCAUUGCAGCUUAACAUUAAGACAAAUGUAUUGAAAUGGUAACGAGCAAAAGGGGGUGUUGUGUAUGUGUGCCUGCAUACACAAAACAUUUACUCACACGAUAGCUAUUUUUUUUUCUUCUUUUUUUAAUAUUUAUUAUUUGCCUGUUCAUAAAGUUUUCCAAGUUACAUUUUGCCAAUCCUUAUGAUUUUAUCUCUCAAUCACUAAAACAUUAGCACUUACCUUGAUCGAACCUUGAACUAAUUAAAUAAAUAAGGUAUUUUAAGUUAUAUAUCUUAAUCUCCAUAUGUCAUGAUACAACUUUUAAAUGUAUAAUUUAGGUGGAAGGUUCUUGUGGCAGUUAUUCAUUGAAUAAUGGUAGUAUUGCAUUGAUCAAUCUUGGAAACUUUUUUUUAAACGCAGAACAUGAAUUUUCUUAAUUUAUUCAGUUUACGGUUAGCAUUAAGGCCUACAUGCUUUCUUAAAGACUUCUCCACAAUGUCAAAAACAGAAUUAUGGUGGAGGAUUGCUUCAUUAUUCAUUAUUGUGUUGGCUUAACAGUUGUCCAAUUUAAAUGUAUUGUGUGUAAAAAUAUGGAAAUCAUUUUAUUUUUUACAGAAUGUGAACUCUUGUCAGGUUGCCAAAAUGUCCAAAUCCAUAAAGAUUAUAUAUUGUACAUGA